AUGGCUCUAAACUGCUCGGAGCCAACUACACAAUCUCUUCUUGCUGCCUUCAAUGCCAACAUCUUUAACUUGAUCGAUGUGCGUCCUGUGAACCACCUGCAAACGACUACCAACAUUAGUAUAUACUUCACCCUCUUUGCCAUCUUAGGCGUGACAUGGAGGAUCGAGUUCCUGAGCUGGGACCCUGAGGAAUGUGGAGCCUCUGCCAUCACGCUGCCCAGGAAGAAGCUAUGGAUGCCAGACGUGGUGAUAAAUGAAUUUGUGGAUAAGAGCAAGGCCCCUGACACGCUAUACGUGCGGGUGAACAACACGGGCUACGUGACCGACGGGAGGCCUGUUGGAGCGAAGACCUCCUGCAAUCUUAAUAUCUACACCUUCCCUUUUGACAUACAGAGGUGUUCGUACACCUUCAACAGCUACAUGCAUAGCGCUGCCUCUGUGCGCUUGUCCUUUGGGAAGCCGGUGGAAGACAUCCUGAAGCGCUCCAUGGAGCUCAUGGAGACCAUGGGGGAGUGGGAGCUGCUUGACAUGUCGUCGGAAAAACAGGAUCUAGUCGCCAAAAACAGCGGUGUCUGGGACCAGCUCACUUAUUACAUUACCCUGAGGCGCCGAGCGACCCUGUACGUUGUGAACUUGAUAAUCCCCAGCUGUUUCCUCAUCACCCUGGACCUCUUCAGCUUCAUCCUCCCCCCACAGAGCGUGGACCGAUCGGCCUUCAAAAUGACUCUCAUCCUGGGCUACACCGUCUUCUUGCUCCUCAUGAACGAACUGCUGCCCGUCACUGGAAACUCUAUUCCACUUCUGAACGUGUUUUUCUCUAUCUGCCUGGCUCUAAUGGUGGCUAGUCUUCUGGAAACCAUCAUCGUCACCAACAUCUUGCACAACUCAAAGGACUACAGAGCUGUGCCACGCUGGGUUCGAGUCCUCGUCUUAGAGUUCAUGGCACGUCUCGUCUGUCUCCCCCAGAAGAAAACCGACCAGGUCAUCAUUUUCCAAAAUCAAGACAGUAUUUUCACAGUGAAGACUAAACCUGGUGCACAGGCUGAUGAAGUGGACACGUCCCCGGCUAAAGGCCCAGCAAGUGAGACCGUAGAGGAGCUGAGGAAAGUGAGGAGACAAGUCCAGGACUUGCAGCAGCAGAUCUCCAAGAACUCGGAGUCGGACCAAAAGACAGAGGACUGGAUCCACAUCGGCUACGUCAUCGAUCGUUUCCUGUUUAUCCUCUAUGGCAUCUUCAUCUCUGUCAGCUUCAUCGCCAUAGUUAUCAUAUGGAUCCACUCGAACAGCUAUUAG